AUGGACAGCUACACCGCUAACCGAAAGACAGAACUUGACAGGCACUUUCCGGUUACCGGAUUCGGUGACGCUUUCGCCAAGUACCUCGUGAAGUCGCUCCGCUUCCCCACCGACCUGUUCUUCCAGAAACGGUACGGUUGCCGCGCGAUGAUGCUGGAGACCGUGGCGGCGGUGCCGGGGAUGGUGGCGGGCGUGCUGCUGCACAUGCGCUGCCUGCGCCUCGUGGAGAACAGCGGCGGGUGGAUCCGCGCGCUGCUGGAGGAGGCGGAGAACGAGCGCAUGCACCUCAUGACCUUCAUGCAGGUUUCGAAGCCCACGUGGUUUGAGCGCGGCUUGAUAUUCACCGUUCAGAGCGGGUUCGCUGCAGUGUACGGGCUCGUGUAUCUCCUCUCCCCGCGCAUCGCGCACCGCAUCGUGGGGUACCUGGAAGAGGAGGCAGUGCACUCGUACACGCAGUACCUCAAGGAGAUCGAUGAGGGGCGCAUCGCCAAUGUGCCGGCGCCGCAGAUUGCCAUCGACUACUGGCAGCUGCCUAAAGAUGCGACGCUGUAUGACGUGGUGCUGUCGGUGCGGGCGGAUGAGGCACACCACCGAGACGUGAACCAUUAUGCUGCGACCAUCAUCAAGGCAGGCAAGCAUCUCAAGGAGCACCCAGCCCCGCGGUUUUUCCGCGACCUCUUCGCGACGGGCGUGGGCGCAGGGCUCGCUGUGCGACACACGAGCGACAUGGGGCGAGGGGUGUUUGCUGACGUGGAUUUCAAGGAGGGUGACGUGGUGCUGCAGGAGCCUCCGUUGGUCAGCAUGCAACACUCUCACAAUAGGGCCCGAGCCCUGGUCUGCUCCCACUGCUUGCGUUUCAUUGGUCCGCUGGAGCAAGCUGUUGCCCGGCUGCUGACGUGGCAGAAGGGAAUGAGAGAGGAGGAAGAGGUAGAAAAAGGCGAGGAGGAUCAAGAGGACACUAAGGAGGACAAGGAGGAAAAGGAAGGCGAAGAAGGAAGUAAAGAGGAAUCACCAGGAGCAGCAGCAGCAGCAGCAGCAGCAGCAGCAGCAGCAGCAGGAGCAGCAGUGGAGGGGUUCAUAGAGCAGUUGUCAAGCGGGCAGCUGAAGCUGCCUCAUGCGGAGUGUGUGGGUGCGUUGCCUUCUGCUGUGCCGUGCCCUGGCGGCUGCACUCAAGAGACCUUCUGCAGCGCCACCUGUGCCACGUCAGCAUGGGCGGAUGGGCAUGCCAUGCUGUGCGUGGGCCAUGCCUCACAUGCCAAGGACACUGAGGCCCUGAAGGCCUUCUAUUCCCAUGCUGAUGAAUCAAAUGACAUCUUCCGAUUGGCCGCCAAGGUGGUUGCAUCAGCCCUGUCCCCCGCUGACUCCUCACUCGGAAGGAAAGGAGGAGGAGAUGUUGUGGAGGGGGAGGGGGAGGGGGAGGAGAGGUGGAGGGUGGUGCUGGAGGCAUGGACUCCGUUUGCUGUGGGUCACAAGGCCGUAUGGUGGGAGGCAGUGGCUUGCCCGCCUGACGUGGAAGCAGGAAGCGACGAGGAAGCUUCCUUCCGAGCCUGCAUGAAAUCGAUCGCCGAGGAGUCUCUCAAACUGCUCACUCAAGCCAUAGGCCCACAACCGCCUGUGCUGCAGCCAUCAGGCACGGCCUUUUACUCUCUUCAGAGCAGCAUCAACCACUCAUGCUGCCCGAAUGCACACGCCUUCAAGCGAGACGAGGACUUGGAUGGUCGAGCAGUGCUGCUGGCAAGCCGAGACAUCAAGAAAGGAGAGCAGGUGUUCAUAUCAUAUGUUGAGGAGUCUCUCCCACUAGAGGAACGAAAGGAAGCACUAGCAGAUUACGGCUUUCUGUGCCGAUGUGGCCUGUGUGUGGCACAGGGGGGGCAGGAGUAG